GUGGGCCCCCGGGCGGCAGAGAUCAGAGCCAGCACACAGACGCAGAGACCGACAAGAGGAGACCGAAGCACCGAGCAGCGCGCACAGCGGUGACAGGAACCACAGCAACACAACGAGGAGACCCGCAAACAGAGGAAACUAAUCCAGACGGAGCCGCAUUUAUUCCCGCCUACAGAGAUGGACCUCACCUCAUCCCCUUCGCUAUUAAUUUGCGUGGUUUUGGCGGCCGCCCUGAUUGGCGGGACCCGUUCGGAGGGGGUGUGUCUUCAAGAUGGUAAACACAAGGCCACGCCCAGCCCGGAGCCACACCUGACGGAGUGCUCCCUGUAUGCAGACAAUAGCUGCUGCACAGAAGAACAAAUCCAGGACAUGUCUCAUGUUCCUUCUGUCAAUAAUCAGAAUGAACCCUGGGACAAGUGUGGGUCACUCAGCCCAGAGUGUGAAGGCUUCCUGAAGCGCGUGUCGUGUUUUUACCGCUGCUCCCCCGACGCUGCUCGCUGGCCUCAUCCUCAGCGCCGCUCGUACAUCCAGGCUGUUCCUCUCUGCCACAGCUUCUGCCGUGAUUGGUUUGAUGCCUGCAGGAUGGAUUUGACUUGCGCCCGUAACUGGGCCAGAGACCCCAGGGGACAGAACUGCACUGGAAACUGUGUUCAGUAUCAGCAGAUGUACCAGCACGGCAGAGAUCUCUGCGAAAGCCUGUGGGGUGACGCCUUCAUGACGGUCGAGGAUGAGCCGGAGGAGGUUGGAGAGGCCGGAGAAAUCGGAGUGGAUGUCGACGGCGUUCGUCCCUGCGGCUGCCUGACUCUCAGCCCCUCGGACAAGGACGUGAUCGCCGCUCUCAGAGCCCAGCAGGACGACCCGGAGGAGCUGGAUACCACCAAGACCGGCUUGCCUCAGUACCGGGCCCCUUGCCAGGCCAAGCUGCCCGUGCAGCCCAGGAUGGGAAACUCCGUGCUGCGUAAGCGCUCGGUGGAGGUGGAAGACGUGGAGGGGAGUGGCAGCGGUUUGUAGAUGGUGAUACAUGUAUUCUUAGAGAUAAUCCUCUAGAUCAUCAUAUACAAAAAUCAAUCCCUUGAAAGGGAGUUGUAUCCUUUCUCCUCUAACUAAAUCUAAACCAUACAAAUUUAAGCUCUCAUUACUAUCUUCAAAUCGCAGGCAUAACUUCUUUGAUUUACAAAAAUGAUCUGAUUAUCUGAUUUAAGUGACAAGCUUAUGAACACCCGAUCGAUUCUUUGAACAGCCAGGAUUAAAGGAAACACCAAGAAAAAAUUUGCGAAUGAAUUUAAGAAGAAUUCUCGAAGCUGAAAUCCUCAAUAUUUUUGAAAGGGCUCAAUAACAAAUACACUUAAGACAUCCCAUGAUGGCUGCAAAAUGUUUUUAUUGCCAGCUAACAAGAGCAUCUUUAGUGGGAAUUUGCUUUUAUGGCUCAGUGUAACACUUGGUCACGUGGUAAAAGUCCUGCAGUAUUAGCACUUCUGCAUGAGUCAAACAUGUUAAACCCAAAGUACUACUUUUCAUGACAAUGUUGAAAACAAUAUAUCACCAUCCCGCUACUUAUCUCAACUGUCUGCUAGCUGGCUUUGAUCUGUGCUUUAGUCACUUGUUAAAUGCAUUAAUUAGUCCUGUGAGUCCAUAAUGUGCAGUCUGCUUGUCACGGAGUUUAUGAUAGUGGAGAACGUCAAAAGUUUUAAUCAUAAUUUUGAAUGUAUCUUAGAUUUUUCUAACACAGUUAACUGACCUGAAAGCAAGUGUUCUGGUUUGAGAACAACAGCGCCUAAUACCUGAGGGGAAGGUUUAGUAUUCAGAAACAACAUCGGAGUAAAUCAGCAGGGGCAGCAUCCGUACCAGAUAAGGUUGCUCCGGUAGUUCGGUCAUGUAUCACCGAUGUACUGUGGGUGUUUUAUAAGUAGGCCAUGUGUUUCUACAGUUGGGAACUGUUAGAUGUAAAUGUUUUAUAAGAAAACAAAAAGGGAGAACUAAUUUGUUUGAUUUACCAUAAGCUUGCUGAAAUGGGUGUUUCUGUGCUUUUCUUUUCAUUCUCAGUAAAAACAUUUCUAAACAUU